AUGUAUGUGGCUGGAAAACUUUACAACAUAAGACAGGAAAUGAACAGACUGGAUAUAAAUAUACUGGGAAUAAGCGAGACAAGAUGGCCGAAUAGUGGACAAAUAAGGGUUGACGACUCAACACUGUAUUACUCCGGAAACGACAGCGCUAGCCACCCGAACGGCGUUGGAAUUCUUUGGGACGCGAGAACUGGUCCUUCGGUCCUUAACUUUAUUCCUAUGUCCGACAGGGCUAUGAUGAUACAGCUUAAGGCCACACCGAGGAAUUUAAAUAUUCUCCAGGUGUACGCUCCAACGCAAAACCAGAAGAGAAAAUUAAAUUUUGUUGGCAAAUGGAAAAGCGAGGAUGUCGUUGGCGACUAUGAAACAGGCGAAAGAAACGAAAGAGGCGACACCUUAAUCCAAUUCUGUCAGGAAGAGGUCUUCUUUAUCUGCAAUACGUGGUUUAAACUACCUGCAAGGCGGCUCUAUACGUGGAAAUCGCCACAAGAUUCAAAGCAAAAUCCAAUACGUAACCAAAUUGAUUAUAUAUUAGCUCUAAAACGAUACAGAAAUGGAGUACUUAGUGCAAAUACUUACCCAGUUUACAACAUGAGUUUACUGAGAAGUGAGGCACAACGACAAGACGUGUCCAACAAACUCAACGAGCAACUAGGAAAGAUCCAACAGCCAAAUGCCUCUCAAACCCCUGGACUGGAAGACCACAAUAACAUAGAGAACAUCUGGAAGAAAAUUAAAGAAGCGCUGCAGGAAACACAAGAACAACUAACAACAAAUAAUAACGAGAAGCACCAUAAAGCGUGGAUGACUCAAGAAAUUUUAGACCUCAUGGAAAAGCGGCGAAGUUUUAAAGGCACAGACCCUCAGAGAUAUAGAGACACUCACAGGCUUAUCAGAAAUAAAAUCAAAGAAGCCAAAGAACUGUGGAUGACGGAGAGGUGCCGCGAAGUCGAGGAGCUCCACCAAAAACAUGACUUAUUUAACCUACAUAAAAAAGUCAAAGAAGUCACUGGGAAACACAAACCUCGAACAUGUACCAGAAUCGUGGACGGUGAGAAUAAACCAAUCCUAACCGAACAAAAACUAGAGGAGGUAUGGACCAAUUACAUAAGGGAACUGUUCGAUGACGGUGGCCCCUCUUUUCACUCCCAAAUGAAACGGAAAAUGGUCCAGAUAUAA